AAAGAAACAGAGCCGAUGGAUGAGUUAGAAGAGGUUGAGGAGAAAGUCCAAGACAAGGGCAGAGACAGUGAAGAUGAGGGCCAAGAUGCAGGAGACGAAGAUGAGAAGGAGAGUAAAAGAUUGGACCCAAUUGAAGAAGGGAUGAUUGAGGUAGAAAAGCCAUAUCCAACAGCUGAUAUGACAGAAGAGAGUCAGACAUUGUCCUUAGAAGACAAGAGGGAUGAGGAUAGGAUGCAGGAGGGGGGAGUUAAAGAAGAAGAAAGACAGGAUGAUGCUGACGCUGGUGAGAGGAACAAAGAGAAUGGAGAAGUUAAUAGCAUCUAUGUGAAGGAAAUUUCUGAUCUUAAUUCUUUGGGAGUAAAUCAGAGAGAAGAGACUGAAUACACAAACGAUGAUUUGCCAUAUUUAGUUAAAGACUUCCAAAAUGACCAAGCAGCUGAGGUCAAAGAAAAUAAUCACCUGUCCUCCAGUGAGGUAACUGAGUUAGCUGAUGACAAAGUGAACUAUCAGAGAGAUCAAACUGAUGAUGAAGACACUGAAACUAGCAGGAAAGGGAUUUCCACUGAGGAGCAAACAGAGCAAACAAAUGCUCAGUAUAAGUGGGAAGAGGGGGAGUUAAACAUGAAGCAUGAUGAUGAAAGAGCGAAUGAGGAUGCUGAUGUUAUUACACCUGAGCCUGAGUUAAAGAUGGAGGAAAAAGUUUUGCCAAGUGAAGUCAUUGAAAAUCAGGCUGUGGUAUCUGAACAGACUGCUCCUCAAUUCUCGGCUGAUUCAUCACUGCCAUCAGAGGGUCCUGAUAAAGGGAAAGCUGAACGUGGAGGUGCGAUUGGCCUUUUCAAAAAUGCCUUCAGCUUCUUCGGCCAAACACCUGCCGCAGAAUCUACAGAAUCCACAGAAUCCACAGAGUCCCCCCGAGGUUUGGAUUCUACAACACAUGAAACGCCUGAGAUGCAAACCUCUCUGACUCCUGAACAACAACCAGAUACAACUCCUGAUUCAAGUCAGGCUUACAUUCAAGACUUGCACUUUGACACUCCAGUCCCUCUGUCAGAAGAGCAGCUACAUCCUCCUCCACCCCCAACCCAGACCCCCAAUUCUUAUCCCAAUGCUCUGUCUCCAAACACAGUAAGCCCCCUUCACACGAAAACCCUCUCCAAACAUUACAAGAACCUGCACACCUUCCUGAGUGCGGAUGACGAACGAAUGUUGAGCGAUCUGUUUGGGCGUCACAAGCUGCAGUUCUUGGAUGACAUUUUAGGAAGCCAAGAAACAAUGACAGGUGAUCAUGACACUGAUGAAUCCAUUUUGUUGGAUGUAGAAAUACUCCUGAAUUAUCACAGAGAGAUGCUCGUUGCUCCUCGUGUGAAGCUGUUGGAUGCACCACAGGAGGACAAAGAAAAGACCAGCAUGCUCAUCGCACUUCAGAAGCUCGAAAUGCUGCUGGCUAAAGUGAGAGAGACUUUCAGCACAGGAAAACCAGGCACCAGUAACACAAAACAUCAAGCAGAGAGCGGCUGUGUUGGUGAAUCCUGUUCAACCCUCAGCAGAGACGAAGAAACAGCCGUGAAGGAAGAGUCUCAUAAGGUAGAUGAUGAAGAAGAAGAGAGAGCAUCCCUUGAGCCUCACUCUCAACAAGAACCAUCACAAGCACUGGAAGAGGACUCAAGCACUCAUGUUCAUGCAGCCAGGGAGCUCCUCAUAUGGCUGACUGUAGAGGUUGUGUCAGCACUGCCCGAUGACAUCAGGCCUGGGCCAGACCUGUAUGGAGUGCCAUGGGAACCAGUCAUCUUCUCCAGCGUGAUGGGGCUGGUGAUAAUGCUGUUGUUCACCUGUAGAUGCGUCAGCUCUAUAAAAAGCAGAUUGUACCGCAGUAAAGAGCGAUGGAUGGCCGAGCAGGUUGCACAGCUGCUGGAUGAGAAGUGUAAAGUCCUUGAGACUCUCAGCAAAUGUCAACAAGAGCACGAUGACUUGGAGACCUCGCUGUCAGACAGUGGUGUCUUGGCCCAAAUUCAAAGGACAGAACAACUGGAGGUCAAAGCGAGGCAGUUGGGACAUUCUAAAAAAGAGCUGGAGAAGGAUCUUAAACAACUAAAGGAACAAGUGGAGCAGCAGAGAGAACACAGGAAAGAGCAAGAAAAAAGGAUAGCAGUGCUUGAAGAGAGCAUGAAAACAUUUGAAGAAGAAACUAAAGACCUCCAAUCACAAGACGAACAGGCACAAACUACCCUCAAAGUGUACAGUAUGAACAGUGAGAGACUGCAGAGGAACCUGGAAACUGCCGGAGAGGAGAACACACUGUUACAGGACAGCAAUGCACAGUUGAGGCAGCAGGUGGAGGGAUGGGCGGAAAGAGUGAGCGAGUUGGAGGAAGAGAUAAACAGGUGUGAAGUCGCCCACAGCGGGAUGCUGCAGGAUGUGACCAACAAGGAUGAAAGAAUAUGGUCGUUGACAGAUCGGCUGCUCAGAAUGAAAGCUUGGGAUUCAGACCUGGAGGAGGAGGGAGGAGUGGAAGGAGAAGAGAAGGAUGCAUCAAACGGCACAUCAAUGAUGGGAUCUGAAAAUGGAAGAGGAGACGCACAAGGCCAUCUCCAGAAAGUCCAGAAACUUAUCUAUGCAGCUAAGCUGAAUGCAGACCUCAAAUCAGUAGAUGAAGACAAAGACAGAGCCUUUGGCAAACUGAAUGAUGAAAUCAAAGCUAAAGAAGACCUGCAAGUGAGCAUUAAGGACAUGGAGAGUGAGAAAUUAUCUCUGCAGUCUGACACUGAGCACUACUCAGAUCAGGUGCAAAGAUUACAACAGAAGCUCCACAUCAUGACAGAAAUGUACCAGGAUAAUGAGCUCAAGCUGCACAGGCUGCUGACUGUGGAGGAGAAAGAACGCAUGCAGAAGGAAGAGAGGUUAAACAAAGCAGACAAAAACAUUGCUUUGGCCUUAGAAGAACUCAACAACUACAGACAUCGAGCAGGAGAGAUGGAGGAAGAGCUGGAGAAAACCAAGCAGUCUUAUCAGACUCAGAUAUCAGCACACGAGAAGAAGGCGCACAAUAACUGGCUGGCCGCCCGAGCAGCAGAGAGAGACCUUUCAGACACCAGGAGAGAAAACUCCCUCUUGAGACAAAAGCUCACGGACACACAGUUUAAACUGGACACCCUGGACAAAGAUCCCUACGCUUUGGACACCUUGGCGAGGCCUCUACCUUUCAGAGCUGAAAGGUCACCGUACGGUCCGUCUCCUCUGGGCAGACCUGGAUCUGAGACCAGACCUUUCCUGUCCCCACCCACAUUGAUGGACGGUCCACCUGCUAGACUGUCUCCUAGAGUGCCUCGUGGUCCAAUGGAUCACCUAGGUGGCCCAGGGGAGAUGGAUCGUACUGGAGGUCCUCAUUCAGACAGUGGCUCGAUCUCUCCUACAUGGGAGAGAGAUCGCAGGGGACCCCCACCAGGACCCCCCGGGCCCCCAGGACCUCAAGGCUACAUGUUCCCUGAUCCAGGAGGUCCAAUCUACAGGAGACCUCCACCUCCAGGGCAUAUGGGCCCUUUUCCUCCUCCUGGUCCAUUCCCUCCAGGCCCUCUCCCUCCCAGGGGUCUACCCCCAGGACCUUACCACCCUGCAGACAUGUCGGAUGGCUCAUUCCGAGAAAACAGCUUUGGGCCUGGUGAGCAGGAACACAGAGAGUCUGGUCCUGGUGAUCGAAGGACUCCCCCUGAAUCAGAUCCAAGGAUGGGAGGCCCACCCCCUCCUGGACCUCCAAUGGGCCCGAUGGGCCCAAUGGACGGUCCCUUUCCGCGCAGACAACCACCUCCAGAUUUCUACGCUCCUAGGGGUCCUGGGGGCCCUCCCAUGAGACCUAUGUGGGCUCCUCCACCAGGGAUGAUGUUACCUCCACGCUACCCUGGUGGACCUCCUCAUCCUCACCAAGGUUUUCCUAUGCGGCACCCUUUUAAUGACAGCCUUCCUCAUCCUUCAAUGGGUCCUCUUCCUCCUCGGCAGCCCAUCCCCUCUCCCCCGCACAGCCAGUCCCCAGAGGAGCACACACCCUCGCCUGAAGAUGCCAUUUGAGCCAGAGCAGGUUACCUUGAGCUGGAAGAAAACAAACCGUUGAUAGAUUUCGGGUUCAGCAGGUUGCUGUUUUCUUGUCUUGUGUCUCCUUUAACAGCCAGAGUUAUGUCUUUAAUGAAGUGCAGGCAAACCAUCAGCCUGAUUAGCUUCUGUUCGUUAAGUGCUGCUCAGUCGUCAUCCUCUAUUUCUAGCCUUUUUUCUUUCCCUCUCCUGCCCUGACUGAUGCCUUUUACUUUCUGUUCUCACCAGCCCAGUUAUCGUCCAGCUUCACUCUUUGUGUAGUCGUUGAUUACUGUGGAGUCACAGUAACAGCGAAUUAGGCAGGAACAGGAAAGCUACAGCUGUACCUGUAUGCGUUUGUGAAUGUAGCCAUGUGAACCAGAAUCAGUUGCUCGUUUGUCCCACAGUUCUACGAGGGUUUUUAAUGGCACUUGUGUUUAAAGUUCGGUUGUAGAAAUGCUCUAUCUGUGGUAUGUGGCAGAGAGCUGAGAGCUUUACUUAAGUUAUCAUUUCGUCCUGAUGGCACAGAAAGAGAAAUCUUAAUAAUGAGGGCUUUCAGGAAAAGUGAAUCUUUUUAUUUUACAUCACAGUCACAUUAAGUACAAAUUUAGUCAUUAAAUAUUUUACUACACUUCAAUAAGAUCACACCAAUUUCUGUUUUGUCUGUGACUGAACUAAACUAAGAAAUAUUUUUGAGGGGAAAAAUCCUCCAAGGUCAAUUUAGAAAGUCUUACAAAAAUUCUAUUUUAAGAAGCAAAGCUGAGUUUCAGUGGCCUCCGUGUGGGAACUGCAAAACUUUGUCUUCUUUUAAAGAGCAGGUUGUAAACAGAGCUUUUGAUCAUGUUUCAGUGACUCGGCUCAGGUCUGAAAAAGGUCGCUCUUAGCAGCUGCUUGUAAUAACUGUGAUUCAUCGUGGCGGUCACAGAGUAGUGAGUUGAAUGGACUGACUGGAAGAGACGCUUCUUCAAAAGCCAGAUGACAACCAUGUGAAUUUUGUAAAAAGUGAUAAUUAAUAGAAGAAUAAAGACUGUCAAAUAAU